AUGUUUCACGCGAAUUCCCAAAAACCCCCCUUGCCACCGACAACGCCACCUUCUGAUGCAUGUAACGCAACCGCUGAUAAGAAGCAAGGAAUUGUGUUCAUCAAGAAAACUAGCGAUGAACUUUUGAAAGCGGUUUCUUCGAUCAAUUACCAAGCGAUCGAGAUCAAUGCAGACCGGCCCAGCCAGGCAAGUUACGAUCUUUUAAGCUGUCUUAAGUCGCGACACUGCUCGAAUCCGAUUUGCAAAAAGAAGCAGAUUUUUAUCGACGACCUCUUGGACGACGGAUUUUACAUCGUUUGCGAUCUUGCAAGAUCUGCAAAGUCAAAACCCCCAGCAAUCGUGGAAGCUCUGAUGCACGAAUUCCGACCUGCCAAGCACUCAUCUGGCAAGGAAAUCGAGAGUGAUGAGGAUGAGUUUGCUGUCCCACGAGAAAUCGAUCCCUGGCUUGCCGCAAAGAUUGAAGACUUCAACCGUCUCCAGAAAGAAAAGUAG